UCAGAGAUAGAAUAUGCGAAGUGGAACGAAGCAACGCAUAAUUCCUAUCAAAUCUUCAUCUGAAAAGCCAAAAGAAAAAGAAAAAAAAAAUUAGUGUUUCCGAUGAUCCAACUGUAGUUGAAUAUGUGAACACGUGUACCCAUACACUCUUUUUCAAUUCAACCGAUAUAAAUAUUGAAUUUCCUCUUUUCUCUCGCACACAAACAAAAUAUUUUGCCCAAUUCUCAAAAUCAGACAAUCAAAUGGUGGUCUCGCCGGAGUGGCUUCCUCCCGGCUUUGCGGUGAAGAUCAAGCACAGGUCUGGGAAGAAACUUAAGUACUAUCUCCAUGUUGCAACUGGUAAAAAAUAUAAUUCCAAGAAUGAGGUCAUUCGUUGUGCCGAAGAAAACAACAAAAAUCCGCUUGUUACACCUUUAACGAAAAAUGCUGAUGUCAAUGGGCCCUCUUCAGUUAACAAAGUUGAUGCGGUAUCAGAAAAAACAAAUGAUUCUGCACGGUUGCCUAAUGGAUGGACAGUGGAAGAAAGAAGAAGAAAGAGCGGCUCAGCAGCGGGAUUAUCUUACAAGGUAUAUACUGAAAUGUCAACUGGAAGCAAAUUUUAUUCUAAGGCAUCUGUCACUCGAUACUUGGAUGACGUAGCCCGUAGUGACGUCAUUACUAAUCAAAAUAGUAUUGACAAAGUGGGCGAUCCGCUUCCAGACACGUCCCUGCAGAUAUCACCCACGAGAAAUACUCGUAGCAUUUCUUUAAAGAAAAGGAAGGCCGACUCUCCCAUAAAGAUUAAUAACGUGGAUGAGACAGUCACGGAGAAGUUGCCACAGAUCCUGUCCACGACAAAUACUGAUGGCACUCAUGAACAGAGAACGAACGGAAACUCGCUUGUAAAAAAGAUAGACAAUGUGGUUGAACCUUUUCCAGACAUGUCACCACAAGUUCUAUCCACAACCAAUAAGGACGGCAUUCAUAAAAUGAAAAAGAAGAUCAGCUCUUUUGUGACGGUGGCAGUUGAGUGCACAACUGAUGAUGACCUGCCUAAGGGCUGGAUAAAAGAAAUCAGGACAAGCAAAUGUGGGAAUAAGAUAAGAAAAGAUCCGUUUUAUACAGAUCCAGUCAGUGGUUACAUGUUUCGUUCUAAACCAGAUGCCUUGCGGUUUCUGAAAACCAAUGACAUUCGUAGCUGUGCUUGCAAACCACUGAAAAGGGAACUUGAUGGCAUCAAAUCGAUGGAGAAGAGAAACCAUUCUUCAACUCAAGCUAAGCUCAAGGGACAGCCUCUUCUUGGUGAAGAAUCAAAUGGUGAAAUUUCGGGUGUGAAGAGUCCAGCUGAAUCGGGCACCAAUACUAUGAAAAGAGAGCAAGUUGACCAAGAAAAUUCUAACAUGAGUGCCGAAAUGGGAAAUAACCCUGAAGCAGAAGUUAAAGUUAUCGUAGAUGCAUCUACAAGCUCAGCUGGGUCUGAUCCCUUAACAAAUCAGCAGCUUCCAGAAAGUAGGGGUAGAAAUAAGGUCGGCUCAAGAAAAUCCAAGAAAAGAAGGGAGCCGAGCACGCCAUUACGGAUUUCAAGAAGGCUUGCUGGUUCUGAACCUGAGAUGCAACUGAACUUGGAUUUGAAUGAACAUCCGCUAAGAGGGUCCACUGCUAAAGAAGUCGAUGCUUCUCCAAUUGUUCCAAAUGAGGCUUCAUAUAUUCAUGAGACAUCAAAUAUCCAGCCAGCGAAAGAGGUGGUAGAGAAAGCUGAUAUAUGCGGUGAGGAAACUCGUCAGGAUGUUAAUCAACCGAAAGAAGUCGAAAAGCCUCCUCUUACAGAGGGUUCAACUGUUCCAGAAGAGCAGUCAGGUGCGACAGCGACAGCUAGUACAAAUCCACUCGUUGAUGGUCAACAAUCACAUGCAUCACAGCUUUGUUAUGAUUUUGGGGACUCUUGGACUGAUCCGUUGGAAUUCGCCUUAAAGACUCUCAAGGGGGAGUUACCAAUUGAGGAUGCCCUGACAUUUCCGAGUUGCUUCAGGGAGCCGCUCGGCACCACUUUCAGCCAGAUUGAUGGAUGCUUGAAGCAAUCGCAGUUUCAUGUUCCCGUCAACUUCCAAAGGGAAUUUCCGUGCCAAUCUGAAUCUUCAAAGAAACAAAAUGCUGUUGAUCCGGGGCCAGCCACUGCACCAUCUUCAUUCUCUGCCCUCGGCUCCAGUUGUAGCGGUGGCUUCAACUUGCAGCCGAGUGCAGAGGUCAGGAAGAAGGAUUCACAGACCAAAUUUAACCCUUAGAAGAAACAGCAACCUGGACCAAAGGUUAAAUUGCUAGAACUUUUGUGGGUCUAAGCAGAAGGUUUGGUGUUGAAUUUUUUGGACUAGUGCUUUUGCUUACGGCUAAGUUGCAUAAAUAGAAUACCGUUUCGUUUCUCAUAACCACUAGGAUGUGGAGAAAAAUGGUCGAAUUUGAUGAUUUGAAUUAAACUGGUUGGUACUAUAGUUUUCUCUGUGAAUAGAAUAGUCCAACUCUCUGUUGUUGUAGACUAUGUUUAAUGUAUGUUUAUGUUUGGAUAGUCGUAUUUGGAAUGGUUAUGAUGACGCAUUAUGACUA